CGCCCCCUGCACCGCAGCCGCGGGACUUCGGACGGACGCCGCGGAGACGCCGGCAGUCGCUUCACGAUAGCGCCACGACGAGCACGCCAGCGCCUCUCCGAGAUGAGACCGCACAGCGUUCUGGUAUUGCUGCUGCUCCUGCACGCGAUGAUGGCGUCGCUGGCCAUCAUGGUGCCGUCGGGCAAGCUGGAGCCGAUCACGCCCCCGGACCCCGCGCCGCGGCCGCUGCCCGCUUACCCGCUGGUGCCGCCGGCGCCCGUCUACGAAGACCCGGAGCCGCACACCAACCUGGUGCUGCCGCCGCCGCCCGCCAGGGCAUACCAGCCGCCCUUCGGCUUCAGGCUCAAGCCGCUGCCCAAGCAGCGCUACCCGUUGUCUUCGACGGGAUUCGCCAAGCACCUCGAUUACAUCAUGGGCUACUAAGGCGCAAGCGGAGAAGGGAACCUCGCUGGCACAGCCUGUGUCGGCACCCCGGUACCUGGCUCUUCCGACGCGUCGACACAGGCAGCACCGUACCUAGGAGUUCAUCACCAUCGGCAUAAGCCCACUUUACACUAAACCCCACUUUCCAUACAAAGCGCACAGUCUAGCAGAGGGAAAAUGUUUCGCAGUUCCCUUGUAUCUGGCGGAUCUGCGAGCUGUAAAUAGAAUUAGUAGAUACGACUGAAAUCAUCAUCUACUGUGCAGAGGAGCUAGAUUCAACUCAUUGUAUUAAUUUCGGAAUUCAGUCUGUCAGUACGACAGACACCAUUGCCAUAUGUCGAUUACCACAUCUUCAUCUCCUGUAUUAAUCCAACACAAACUUUUAUUAUCCUGUAUUUCUCCUUAAAAUUUAAGUUUACUUCUGGUUGGGUAUCUAAUAGACCCAGUGCUGUGUUUGUUUGCUAUGUUGGGGCUGGAAAGCGGGGGAGGGGGGGGGGGAAGGGAGGAAUGACUUCUGGCCGAAUCUACAAGAUAUUGUAGUACGGGAGUACCUCUGUUCUAUAUACACCCUUUUAUUUGCGGUAAUGGCUGUGCUACUCAUUCGCCCAAGAAAAUGUUAUGAAAAAAUUUAAUAACUCAAUUAUGUGGUGCAACUUCGGAGUUGGUGAAGUUGCGAAAAACCUAUCUCAUGGUAUGUUAGUUUCCUGCACUCAAUUUAUUCUUGUCCGCACUGUGUCUUUCUGUUGAUAAACAAGUAUUACUUCCCUCCAAAAAUAAACAGUUUAUUGAGAGACAAUUCUAAGAGCAUUAACAGUAAGAAGAACUGCUGAAAGUCGACCAGCGUAAAGUACAUUCACUACGUUUCAUGCUUCCUCUUCACAAUAUUCACUGCUGCUGUAUAUCAUAAAUUAUUCAUGGACUGAAAAUUAAGUUGCGCUCUGAUGACGUAAUAACUAUUAUAGGUAAAAAUAAUCUGAUUGUUGUGAACUUUGAUUGUGUAUGUAUCGUAAGUUAUUUGUUUGUAUAAUUAAAAUGUUAAGUUUGAUAUAUUGUAAGAUAGUUCUUAAGCGUGUCUGUUAACAUAUAGUUAAGUCUGGCAUUAUUUGAACUGAUGCCAGAGGUAUAUUAACGAUGCUUACAGGUGAGAACUGAACUAUUGUAGUUAAAAAUUGUAAAUAAAGAACAGACGACAAAAAAUACUAUUGUCUGAACACGAGAAAGAACGUGUCUAACUUUCUGUCACUUGUAAGAAUGAUGAAAGUGAAUAUCAUAAUCGACAAA